AUGGAGCCGCACAAACCAAGCAUUGAGCAGCUGGAGAAAGCAAUGGACUCGCCUCUCGAUCGAUAUGGCGACUAUGCCCAUCAACAGAAAUUGACCCGGAGGAUCAUGUUGAAGCUGGAUACGAGAAUCCUCCCAAUGCUCGCCCUACUCUUUCUAUGCUCGUUCCUCGAUCGGACGAAUGUCGGGAAUGCGAAAAUCAUCGGCUUGGAAGAAGAUCUCUCGAUCACCGAUCAUCAGUAUGACGUCGGAUUAGCCGUCUUUUACCUCACAUACAUCUGCAGUGAACUGCCGAGCAAUUUAGUGCUCAAAAAAGCCUCUCCAAAACUUUGGUUGCCAUUUUUGACGGCCGUUUGGGGAAUUAUCACAAUGUGUUUGGGAUUUGUCCAAAACUAUGCCGGAUUUGUUGCCGUGCGAGCUUUGUUAGGUGUGGCCGAGGGAGGUCUCCUCCCGGGAAUGACCUUUGUUUGUGGUAUCUUGAGCUUCUUUGUUCUUCCGAAUAGCCUGGAGACUGCAUCCUUCUUGACAGUGGAGGAAAAGGCAUUCGGCCGGGAACGACUGAUGCUGGACAACCCUAGGUCAGCUGAAGGCACCUUGGCCUCCGAGGCAGAGUCAUUCAAAUGGUCUGAAGUACGCCGAGGAGUCCUCGAUAUUCAGGUGUGGCUCUCUGCCUCGGCGUACUUUGCCAUUCUCUCCGGCCUCUACUCCUUUGGGUUGUUUCUUCCGACGAUCAUCAAAAGCCUUGGGUUUGCCAAAGAUGCCAAUGAGGUUCAGCUGUGGUCUGUUAUACCAUAUGCUGUAGCUGCUGUGGUAACAGUGAUGUUGUUCACCCUCCCCGUCGCCAUCAUUGGCUACGCCGUGAUAGCCAACAUCGAUUCUCCGCGCGUUCAAUACGGAAUGACCUUCCUCAUGGCCACCGGUCAAUAUGCCAGUGUGCCAUGUAUUUUGGUGUGGCUGUCAAAUAAUUCUGCGGGCCAUUACAAGCGUGCUACUACGUCAGCCAUGCAAUUGGCAAUUGCUAACGCCGGAGGUUUCGUAGCCACCUUCAAUUAUCCCACUCGAGAUGGGCCUCUGUUCCAUCGAGGACACACCAUCAUCCUGGGAUUGCUGGUGUUUGCAUGGUUCACGAUUUUGCUCAAUGUGCUCUACUGUGCGAAAAUCAAUCGUGACAAAAAGAAUGGGAAAUAUGCCCAGUAUGCAGGAUAUGCCGAUGAUCGCAACCCAGAGUUCAUGAUGGUCCUCUGA